AUGACAAAUAUUUCAAACAUUAAAAAGAAAACUUAUCUAAUAAAGCAAAUGAAAACACUUGCAGGAGGGUGUAAAUUCGACGAAAUCUCUGCAAACUAUGCUGGACGAAAUGGUCCUGAGGUAAGUGUAUCUAGUGUAGAAACUAAUAUCAAAGAAAAUGAGAGUCUAAGAAUAAAUGGUACAGUAAUAUCCAAUCCACCAACCAAUGAUAUAGUAUGGUAUCAAUCUAAUGGUAAUAUUGUACCUAAUCAAUUUGUGGUUAAUUCUGGAGCUAAUAGAAGAGAUUUAGUUAUUAAUGAUAUCAAUCGUAACAAGUCAGAUAAUUAUACUUGUACAGCAAGAUUAGAUCUACAUCCUACAGUUGGUGAUAUUUUACAACAAACUCACAGUCAAUCUUCUACCAUUAAUGUUCAAUAUUUUGAUGAUAUAGUAAUGACUACCAACAAAACUAAACUAAAAGAGAAUGAUGCUGUAUUUAUAAGAUGUACAGUUGAUAGUAACCCACCAGCUUCUAUCAAAUUGUUUAAAGAUGGUGAUGUAGAAUUAACCACAACAAAUUCUAAUAUCUACCUUAUAUCAUCAACAUCCUGUUUAGAUACUGGAAAUUAUUCCUGUUUAGCUACAAAUCCUGUUUAUGAAAAUCAGAAAACCAAAUCAUCGGAACUGCUUGUUCAGUAUAUCAACUCAUUACAUGCAGAACAUACUAGAAUGUAUUUAGCUAACUGUUCAAUAAAGGAACCUUUAAAGAAGAUAUGCAUCUAA